AUGCUGCUGGUGCUCCAGAGCACAGUGCCCAAACUGCUGAGUCGGCGCAUGCAAGCCAGCACGACCCCUCAACCACCACCCCAGCCACAGCAGCGCAGCGCUGCACCUGAGCCAGGCCAAAUCUCCAAGCCAGCACCUUACUGGGAAGGAACAGCAGUCAUUAACGGAGAGUUCAAAGAGCUGAAAUUAACAGAUUAUGAAGGAAAAUACCUUGUCUUCUUCUUCUAUCCUCUUGACUUUACAUUUGUAUGUCCAACUGAGAUAAUCGCCUUCAGUGACAGAAUUGAAGAAUUCAGAGCAAUAAAUACCGAAGUAGUAGCGUGUUCUGUGGACUCCAAGUUCACUCACUUGGCAUGGAUUAAUACUCCUCGAAAACAAGGAGGACUCGGACCUAUGAAGAUUCCACUGCUUUCAGAUUUGACGCACCAAAUUUCAAAGGAUUACGGAGUAUAUCUGGAAGAUCAAGGGCAUACACUUAGAGGCCUUUUCAUUAUUGAUGACAAGAGAGUCCUUCGUCAGAUCACCAUGAAUGACCUUCCUGUUGGGAGAUCAGUGGAUGAAACGCUUCGUUUAGUACAAGCAUUCCAGUACACAGACAAACAUGGAGAAGUUUGCCCUGCUGGUUGGAAACCUGGCAGUGAAACUAUAAUUCCAGAUCCAGCUGGAAAACUGAAGUAUUUCGAUAAACUACACUGAGGCUCGCUUUUGUUGAAUUACAAAGGUCACAUUCAACGUGAUUUUUGCCAAUAAAAUUCCAUUAAUUUUG